UUAGUUAUAAAAUUUUGUACUGAAAUACUAUUUUUUAACAUUGCUAAAAAUCAAUUCAAAAUAAUAAUAAAAAUGAAAACACGAUUUAGUACUUACGAUAUUGUUUGCAGUGUAACAGAACUGCAAAGACUUGUUGGAAUGCGAGUUAAUAACAUUUAUGAUAUAGACAAUAAAACAUAUUUGAUAAAACUGCAGAGAACUGAAGAGAAAAGCAUUUUACUGUUAGAAUCAGGAAAUCGUAUUCACACAACUGGAUUUGAAUGGCCUAAAAAUGUAGCACCAUCUGGUUUCAGUAUGAAAAUGCGUAAACAUUUACGAAAUAAACGUCUUGAAUCUUUACGCCAGUUAGGAAUCGAUCGUGUUAUUGAUUUACAAUUUGGUUCUGGUGAAGCUGCAUAUCAUGUAAUUUUAGAAUUAUAUGAUAAAGGAAAUUUAAUUCUUACCGAUUACCAAAUGACUAUUUUGAAUAUAUUACGACCGCAUACAGAGGGUGAAGCAAUUCGUCUUGCAGUUAAAGAGAAAUAUCCGUUAGAUCGGGCCCGUGAACAUACUCGAGUGUAUAGUGUUGAGGAGCUAAAGGAAAUAUUGGCAAAUGCCAAGACUAACGAUACUCUGAAAAAAAUUCUCAAUCCUAAUUUAGAUUAUGGCCCGGCAGUAAUUGAUCACGUAUUAUUGGAAGCCGGAUUUCCAUCAAAUUGUAAAUUAGGAAAACAGUUUGAUAUUGAAAAUGAUAUUGAGAAGUUACAUGCAGCUUUACUAAAAGCUGAAGAAUUGAUCUGUGUAGCAAGUAAAACCACUUCAAAAGGAUAUAUAAUUCAGAAAAAAGAAGAACGUCCAACAACUGAUGAAACGAAAGAAUUUAUUUAUACAAAUCAAGAAUUUCAUCCAAUUAUAUUUGCACAGCACAAAAAUUUACCUGUAAAAGAAUUCGAAACAUUCGAUGCUGCAGUCGAUGAAUUCUUUUCAACAUUUGAAUCACAAAAAAUUGAUUUAAAAGCAUUGCAUCAAGAACGUGAAGCUCUGAAAAAAUUAGAUAAUGUUCGUAAAGAUCAUGAUCAACGGUUGCGUGCAUUAGAGGAGACGCAAGAAGUUGAUAAACAAAGAGCCGAAUUAAUAACACGUAACCAAGAGCUAGUUGAUAGUGCCAUCUUAGCAAUUCGCAGUGCUGUCGCUAAUCAGCUUUCAUGGCCUGAUAUUGAUGGAUUAGUAAAAGCAGCUCAAGAAAAAAAUGAUCCAGUUGCAAAAACAAUCAAAAAAUUAAAAUUGGAGAAGAAUCAUAUAACAUUAUUAUUAACUGAUCCUUAUGCAUCGGAAAAUUCAUCAGCAGAAGAAAAUGAAGAUGGUUUAAAACCAAUGAUGAUUGAUAUUGAUUUAGCUUUAGGAGCUUUCGCAAAUGCUAGAAAAUAUUACGAUCAAAAACGUACAGCCGCAUCCAAACAACGUAAAACAAUAGAAUCACAAGGAAAAGCAUUAAAAUCAGCCGAAAAGAAAACAAAACAAACUCUAAAACAAGUACAAAUCACAACAAGUAUAAAUAAAGCACGUAAAGUUUAUUGGUUUGAAAAAUUUUAUUGGUUUAUUAGUUCAGAAAAUUAUCUUGUAAUUGGUGGUCGAGAUCAACAACAGAACGAAUUAAUUGUAAAACGUUACAUGCGUCCUGGUGAUAUAUAUGUGCACGCUGAUAUUCAUGGUGCUAGUAGUGUUAUUGUAAAAAAUCCAACUGGUGAAGCUGUACCUCCAAAAACUUUAAAUGAAGCUGGUAUUAUGGCUAUUUGUUACAGUGUUGCAUGGGAAGCUAAAGUGAUAACUAGCGCAUGGUGGGUACAUGCAAACCAAGUGAGUAAAACUGCUCCAACUGGUGAAUAUUUAACUACUGGUAGUUUUAUAAUUCGUGGAAAGAAAAAUUAUUUACCACCAUGUCAUUUAAUAAUGGGCUUUAGUUUUCUGUUCAAAUUGGAAGAUGGCUCAAUUGAAAGGCAUAAAGGCGAACGUCGUGUUCGAACCAUUGAAGAAGAAGAACUUGACCAAAAGAAAUUAGAAGAAAAUGGCUUAGAAAAUAUUGAAGAGGAUGUCGAAUUAGAAUCAGAUAAAGAAGAUGAACAAAAUGCAGGAGAAAGUGAUAAAGAACAAGAAAAAAAUAAAUCUGAUUCAGAAAAUAAUGACGAAGAUGAAGAUUCAAAAAAUAAAUUUCCCGAUACUCAAAUUAAAAUUGAACAUUUUGGUGGAACAAAAAUAAAUAUUCGUCCAGAUCCAAGUAAUUUACUUGUGAAUCAAUCUGAUGAUGAUGACUUCAGUGAUUCAGAACGUGUUAUAUAUUUGGGAGAUGAUAAACCAGUCGUAUUAAAAUCACAAAAUCAACGGUCUAGAAACACAAGCGAAUCAAAAAAUAAAACUCAGAAAUCAUCUACAAAUAAUGAUCAAAAUAAAGAUCAAAAACAACAACAAUCGAGUCAAUUAAAACGUGGCCAAAAAGGAAAAUUGAAAAAGAUCAAAGAAAAGUAUAAGGAUCAAGAUGAUGAGGAACGGCAAUUACGGAUGGAAAUUUUACAAUCAGCCGGCGCUGGAAAGGAAACUAAAAAAUCAAAAAAGAAUAAAGAAACAAAUAAAAAACAGAAAAAUGUCCAACAACAAAUUAAAAUUACACCAAAUCCAAAGAGUGCUAUUAAAAAUAAUAAUGAUGCUGAUGGUGGCGGAGGAGGUCAAGAGGAUGAAGAUGAAAAAGAAAUCACUGUUGCAGCGGAUGUUGACAUGUUGGAUUCGUUAACUGGAAUUCCUCACAGUGAAGAUGAAUUGCUUUUUGCUAUACCAAUUGUAGCACCAUAUAAUACUCUUACGAAUUAUAAGUAUAAAGUAAAAUUAACACCAGGUACUGGAAAACGUGGCAAAGCAGCAAGAACAGCUGUAACAAUGUUUCUACGAGACAGAAAUACAACACCACGCGAAAAAGAUUUAUUACGAUCCGUUAAAGAUGAAAAUGUAGCUAGGAAUUUACCAGGAAAAGUCAAAGUAUCAGCACCGAAAUUACAAAAUUUGAAACGAUAA